AAACAUUGGUAUUUUUGAGUUAGGUUGCAUUGCAAAGAGAAAUGGAUGAAAUAAUUUUGCCAGAUGAUAUUUUCCAUUACCUAACAACUUAUUUACCACUAGAAGAUUGUAUGUCUUUGUGCUUAUCUAGCGUUUUUGAAAGAUACGCUGAUUUUUAUGCGAGGAGAAGGAUCUGGAAGCUUUCGUGGUGCUCUUCUCUGAAGCCUGAUAUUUGCCAAACAUUUUUUUCCACAUGCCUGAAAUCUUCUAAUGUUCAUGUUCUUGAUUUUAGCCACUGUUUCUGGCUGCCAGAAGCUACGUUAUUGCAAAGUUGCUUGUCUCCAAAAUUAAGCUACCUAAAAGAAUUGAGUUUAUCUGAUACACAGCUAUCAUUGGCAUCCAUCAUCAUAUAUGUUCUGCCACAAUGCCAGAGUUUGACAAAGUUGUCUGCCAAUAUUCCUGAGCACACAUGGGAAGCUUUUCAUGGCAAACUUGAAGGAUGUGCUGACACUUACAAGGAGAAUUUUAAGAAGCUUACUCACAUAAAGUUUUAUGUGCUUCAUGGCAGCUCACCUUUAAUUUGGCUUCUUUUAUUUAAUGUUUUAGGAUGGUGCAAAGAUUGUGUUAAACUGCAUAUAAAGCUGAUUGAACAACCACGACAGAAUAACUGGGACCUUGCCUUGGAAGAUGUCGAAGCGUCCAGCAAUGCCGUAGUUUGCUUGGCCAAAGAGAAUCUCUAUGACGGUAUGAAAUGGAUGAUAUCAUUAAAAAGUAUCGUCGUACUCAAGACAUCAUCAGAUAGUUGUCUGAACGAUUUUUGUCGUUGGUUACUAUUCGAAUUAAAUCCACCUGGCUUGGAGAAAAUGUUUAUCCAAUCUGUUAAACACAUUGACGCCAAGUACAAACCGGGGCCUAUGCUAAAUUACUUUUACUUGGGCCGUUCUCCAGUGUCUCGUACAUUUUUCUCACAAAUGACGCAUCUGUUUGAAAUCAACAUUACGCGCAAUUUAAUUUUACCACGAUUACGGUUUUUCAGCGGAAAUUUCUCAUCAGUGUCGAUUUUAGACGAGUUUUGUCGGAAUCAUCCCCAACUGGAACAUGUACAUUUUACAAAUCGAGUGUUUGGCGGCAACAGACGAAAGAAGCCAAUCACCUUUCAAUGUCAAUGGGCGUUCCCCAAGUUACGAACGUUAGUCUUUGGCCGUAAGAGACCUCACCAUGAUGUAUUAAUCAAGUUUAUGGAUUCAUGCUCCAACUUAGAGGAGCUUCUGAUUGGCGAAUUUUUUGAUUAUGCGAUAUUAAUAUUCAACCGACGACCACCCGUUCGCGAUUCUUUUGAUUGCAUAGCGAAACAAAGGCACUUGAGGAAGUUGUCUCUCAAUAGUAUUGAAUUCGUUAAUGGCUCCUUUAUCGAAACGGUACUGGAAAAUUGCCAAAAAUUGGAAAUCCUUCAUCUUGCCGGACAGUUUUUCGAAGAUUCGGUGCCAUUUCAUGACGAUUUCUGCAAAUACCUUCCGUUAGGUAAACAUUUGCGAGAUCUUCGAAUCCAGAGAGAAGAAAUGGAAGAACCAAUCCUGAUGGAAUUGAUAUCAGCUGCCGGAUCAUGCCCAUCUCUAGAGCGCUUCAUGCUCUAUCAAUAUAGGGGACUUUGUGUUAAUAAUGAGUUGCAUUUAAUUUUACCAAAAUGCUUAAUGAAUCUGGUCAGUGUCCGACUACCGCGGCUGCUGGUUUUCUGCCUUAUUUAUCGUUUAGGACGUGAAACUUUUACAGCAAUUACGGAUGCAUUUCGGGAACAUAUUUUACCGAUGCGUCCAUCAUUUUGGUUUUAUCUUAACGAUACCCUACCUUCUGAAAUCAAUGUCCCACGCAUUCAUUUCGAGGGUAUUAUCGAGCCGGAUUCUAUUACCGUCUUUGGUUAGUCAAACAGGGAUUAAUGAUGAUCCCAGUGACCACACCCGAAUUUGAAGUUCAAUGGCUUUUUUUUUAAAAUGGUUGACGGACCACGAACCAGUUGUUGCUUCUGUUGCCAUUGGAAGAAGGACGAUGUCGAAUAAUAAUGUGAAGAC